GGCCCGUCCGCCGCGGGCCCGGCGCAGCGGCGGAGCCAGCAGCCCGCAGCGGCUGCGCCCAGCUCCAUGAAUGGAAAUCGGCAGCGCAGGACCCGUCGGGGCACAGCCCCUACUCAUGGUGCCCAGACGUCCUGGCUAUGGCACCAUGGGCAAACCCAUUAAACUGCUGGCCAACUGCUUCCAAGUUGAAAUCCCAAAGAUUGAUGUCUACCUCUAUGAGGUGGAUAUCAAACCAGAUAAGUGUCCUCGGAGGGUGAACAGGGAGGUGGUGGACUCAAUGGUGCAGCAUUUUAAAGUGACAAUAUUUGGGGACCGUAGACCAGUUUAUGAUGGGAAAAGAAGCCUCUAUACAGCCAAUCCACUUCCUGUGGCCACUACUGGGGUGGAUUUGGAUGUGACUUUGCCAGGAGAAGGAGGAAAAGAUCGUCCCUUCAAAGUGUCGAUAAAGUUUGUUUCUCGGGUGAGCUGGCACUUGCUGCAUGAAGUUUUGACAGGAAGAACCUUGCCUGAGCCUCUGGAACUAGACAAACCAAUCAGCACUAACCCUGUUCAUGCUGUCGAUGUGGUGCUACGACACCUACCCUCCAUGAAGUAUACCCCAGUGGGCCGCUCCUUUUUCUCAGCUCCAGAAGGCUAUGAUCACCCCCUGGGAGGUGGUAGGGAGGUCUGGUUUGGAUUCCAUCAGUCUGUUCGGCCUGCCAUGUGGAAAAUGAUGCUCAAUAUUGAUGUUUCUGCCACUGCCUUCUACAAAGCACAACCUGUAAUUCAAUUUAUGUGUGAAGUUCUUGACAUUCAUAAUAUUGAUGAACAACCAAGACCUCUGACUGAUUCUCAUCGGGUAAAAUUCACCAAAGAGAUAAAGGGUCUAAAGGUAGAAGUGACUCAUUGUGGAACAAUGAGACGGAAAUACCGUGUUUGUAACGUAACAAGAAGGCCUGCAAGUCAUCAAACCUUCCCUUUACAAUUAGAAAAUGGCCAGACUGUGGAGAGAACAGUAGCACAGUAUUUCAGAGAAAAAUACAACCUCCAGUUGAAAUAUCCUCAUCUUCCUUGCCUGCAAGUGGGACAAGAACAGAAACACACCUACCUGCCUUUAGAAGUAUGUAACAUUGUAGCUGGCCAGCGAUGUAUCAAGAAGCUAACAGACAAUCAGACAUCAACUAUGAUAAAGGCAACAGCAAGAUCUGCUCCAGAUAGACAAGAGGAAAUAAGCAGAUUGGUAAGAAGUGCAAAUUAUGAUGCAGAUCCAUUCGUUCAAGAGUUUCAGUUCAAAGUCCGGGAUGAGAUGGCCCAUGUGACAGGGCGUGUGCUCCCAGCUCCGAUGUUACAAUACGGAGGACGGAAUCGAACAGUGGCAACUCCAAGCCAUGGAGUAUGGGACAUGCGAGGAAAGCAGUUUCACACUGGUGUUGAGAUCAAAAUGUGGGCCAUAGCUUGUUUUGCAACACAGAGACAAUGCAGAGAAGAAAUAUUGAAGGGUUUUACAGACCAGCUGCGCAAGAUCUCUAAGGAUGCAGGGAUGCCGAUCCAAGGCCAGCCCUGUUUCUGUAAAUAUGCACAAGGUGCAGACAGCGUGGAGCCCAUGUUUCGACACCUCAAGAACACCUAUUCAGGGCUUCAACUUAUCAUUGUCAUCCUGCCAGGGAAAACGCCAGUAUAUGCGGAGGUGAAGCGUGUGGGAGAUACACUGUUAGGAAUGGCCACGCAGUGUGUUCAAGUCAAAAAUGUUAUCAAAACAUCUCCACAAACCCUAUCAAAUCUGUGCCUGAAGAUUAAUGUUAAGCUAGGAGGAAUCAACAAUAUCCUUGUACCUCAUCAACGACCUUCUGUGUUCCAGCAGCCAGUGAUCUUUUUGGGAGCAGAUGUCACGCACCCUCCUGCUGGAGAUGGAAAGAAGCCUUCCAUAGCUGCUGUUGUAGGUAGUAUGGAUGCUCAUCCAAGCCGGUACUGUGCCACAGUGAGAGUUCAGCGACCUCGGCAGGAAAUCAUCCAAGAUCUUGCCUCCAUGGUGAGAGAGCUUCUCAUCCAGUUUUAUAAAUCAACACGGUUCAAGCCCACACGAAUCAUCUUCUAUAGGGAUGGGGUCUCUGAAGGACAGUUUCGACAGGUUUUGUAUUAUGAACUGCUAGCUAUUAGAGAAGCCUGCAUCAGUUUGGAGAAGGAUUACCAGCCUGGAAUAACCUAUAUUGUGGUGCAGAAGCGACAUCAUACACGAUUGUUUUGUGCUGACAGAACAGAAAGGGUUGGACGAAGCGGCAACAUUCCGGCUGGAACAACUGUAGAUACAGACAUUACGCAUCCAUAUGAGUUUGACUUUUACCUCUGUAGCCAUGCUGGAAUACAGGGUACCAGCCGUCCCUCACACUAUCAUGUUUUGUGGGAUGAUAACUGUUUUACUGCAGAUGAACUUCAGCUGCUGACUUACCAGCUUUGCCACACAUAUGUGCGCUGUACACGUUCAGUUUCUAUACCUGCACCAGCGUAUUAUGCUCACCUGGUAGCAUUCAGAGCACGUUACCAUCUUGUGGACAAAGAACACGACAGUGCUGAAGGAAGCCAUGUUUCAGGACAAAGCAAUGGGAGAGAUCCACAGGCCCUUGCGAAGGCUGUACAAAUUCACCAAGACACCUUACGCACGAUGUACUUCGCUUAAGUCAAUAAAAUGGGAGCAUACUCACUGAAAGGAAGAACUGAAAAAUUAAGCCACAUACAAUGUAUGUUUCCAGUGGGGUUGGUUUAUGGGAUGUGCCUCCGAUCAUGCUGAAGUUGACACUGUGCAGGGGCGAGAGGCUAACCCUUAAAUUGACACAAGGAAGAUUGUUUACUUCAUCGAGGAACACAGCACUAUUAUGCAAUAUGAAACCAGCCAACUGCUUUUUUGGCGCGGUCUCCUAUAGGAAGCACCGCCAUCAUUUUUUUUUUUUUUUUUCCUCUCGUAGUUUAACCCUCUUAUGCCUUUACCUCAAGUUGCUCGGCAGCACAACUAUCUUUGCAAAAAAAAAAAAAAAAUAAAAAGAUCGAUGGUGUAAUUAGGAAAAAAAAACAAACAACCUUUAUAGGAACAAUCACAAUGAUUGUUUAGAAGAGGGAAGUGUGCAAAAAAACCACCCCUUUUCUUUUACCCCACUGCAUUAAGAAAUCUGUCUCAAUAUUGCCAUCAGCAUUUGAAUGUGAGCAUAUCCAAGUACAUUUGAAUGUACAGCACUAACUAGAAAAAGUGAGGGGAGGGGAAGAUGUUUUGCACACUAAUCCAAUAAUUUGAACCAAUUUAGCCAACUGCUGCCUUUAUCUUUCUUCACAGUUUUGGAGUCGUCAGCUCCAAUAGUUCCCUUCUAAAAAGCAAACAAAGAUGCUAGUGAUAUUAUGUGCAGGCAGUAGUGAUCCAAACUCUUCUUGCUCCCUGAUGAAUUUACUAAAGCUGCUGUUCUACCUAGUCCAGAAGUUUCAAUUAUUUUCUAUCUGGCAAAUCAAAAUAUUUUGGAGCUUCAUGUGAGAUCAGAUUUCCCAAGUUUUAUGGGAUUACAUGUAGUAAACACCAGAACUGAAACUUUAGAGCUAAGGUCUUUUUGGAAAAAGAAAAAUGCUAGUUUACUUGCUGCCUCUCACACCUUAAUGUGAUUUCAUAUGUAUGUGUUUUUGAAGUUUAGCUUCCUUUUGUUUCUUUUAUAUUUAUUAGAGUAAUAAUAAUGCUUUAAUUUAAUUAUUACAGAACAUAUGGUCAACAUCAACUUUUAUUUUUUAGAAAUGUAACCAUGUUUAUUUUUUAAAAACUGACAACUUGUUUUUGCUAUCUUUUAGUGCAAUAAGCGUUCUAAAGGUAAACUGUGUCCAUUGAGCUGUACUAAAGCAGUAUUUGUACCACUAAUCGUGGGAGAAUGGACACCUCCAUGAUUUUAAAAGGACAAAGUAAAAGCCUUAAUUUUGAAAGGAAAGUUUUAUAGUUAGAAGGAACCUUGGAUUUUCCUUUUUUAAAUCAAAAAAUAGCAAAAAUGCUUCUAGAAUUCUGCAAGCUUUAUUGUUGUUACUGCAGUGUUUUGAUUUAACAAAGGAAUUGGCCAUAUUUUUGGCUUUGCGAUGUGAUUGAUAUUUGAAUUAAAUGGAAAGAGUUUUUUAUUAAAAUCUAAGUUUUUACAUGCUUAGUUAAAUCUAUCUGACAUCAAUAAAGUGUCUGGAAUUAAUAAAAUUUUUAGCUUUUUUGCUCUUUGAUAUGACUUUCCUUUUAAAAUUAAGUUAUUGGUAACUUCAUUUCACUUUGCAAAUAAAUAAGAGGGCUGGGAUAGUUAACAUGUUAAAUCACUGAAAUGUGAAACAAAAAUUAAUGGGACUUUUUCAUUCCACUUUAAAGGUAAAACAAUAUUUAAGAUGUCAGAGAUGAGCAUUUAUUCAGUGAGGGGAUUGGGGAGUUUUGCACUUUGUAAACUCGUGAACUGCAUUUUUGACUGUUUUUAUUUGCACUGGUUCAUAGUAUAUAUACUGCAGAUCGUUUAUAUGGGCAUUGCUGUUAUCCCAGCCCUUCUGAACUCCACUUAUUCUCCACAUGAAAACCAGUGAAUUGAUAUGAAUAGCUUAUUUCCUCUCAUUCUCAUGAAAUCCGCUGUUUGCCAAUAUACUGUAUUUUGAGCCUAAAAUCUGAGCCCGUUUUGCUUCAACAGGCAUGGAUCUGCCCCAUUUUUCUGCCAGAAAAUGUACUGUAUUUUGUGCAUUUGUAUAUUGCAUUGAAACGUGUGUAGUGCUGUUCACAACACUGUCUCAGAGAGCUUUACUAAACAGUUAGUGUAUAUACAUAUUUUAUCUCCCAAUAUCAAGGAAGAUAAUGUAAAAAGACUAACUGUGCAAAGUUAAAAUUGCACUGGAAAUGGUCAUAAAGGUGGGCAGUUUGCUAGUGGUUUGGGGGUCAUUAGAGAAUAGGUGGGAAGGUGGUUGAGGGAGACUUUCAGCAGAUCCUGGUAUGUCUGAAAAACUCUGUGGGGUCCCAGGAGUUUCAUAUCUUCAUCAGGUGAAACUGCACAUCUCAGCCAUGUUCUUUGACUUCUUAAUGCGCGUACCUUUCAGCACCUUCAAAUAAAACUGCUGCAGGGAGGUUACUGUAACUAAAUAAUUUGAGCAAGAGGAUUUCAAAAUAAAUCUAUCAAAUGUCUGUCUCAGUCUGUGACCUGACAGUCUUCUCUCAGAAGCACUGUAGCUAGUAGUCUAUGUUUUAAAAAUGUUCAGGUUAGGCUUUUUACAGAAAAUUGAUGUUUUAAAAUGGAGAAUUUUUUUAAAGAAACUAUUUUACAAAGACUUCUUUUGGAUUUCUGGCAUUUAGGUGAAAAUUUGUUUUUAUUAAAGUCUUUUGACUCUCCUUUCAAAGACACUGUACACUGUUCAUCCUGCCCACACUCAGCGACUAUGAUUCAAGAAGCUUUUUUGCUUGCUACUUUCACCAAAAAUUAAAGAAAAAAUUCAUUGGUAAAGUAACUUAAACGCUAGCUCAACAAUUUUACCUGGUUUUCAUGUGAAGAGUAUUUGGAAGUUUUAAUCUCUAUUCUUGGUUUUGCAAAUAUCUACGUAAAGUGCCGAUACUUAUUUGUAUUACGAUAUCAAGUUACUGGCGUUGUGAGGGCCACACAUUUAUGAUGCUGUAGCUGCUAUAUUUAUUUAAGUGGAGAUGGACAAUUACUGCACUAAGGACUGAGGAGAUAAGCAAGGAAUCAAGGUUAGUUAGGAAUCUCGUUUUUUCAAAAGAGAAUUAAUGGUGUGAAAUAUCAAGUGUAACAAAGGGUGCUGUCAUUUUAACUGAGAUUAAAUAGCCAGAUAUUCUUCCUUUGUUUAAAAACAUAUAUAUUUUGAUGUUUGCAGUUUGGGGGUGGGGGGUUGGGAUAAAUGGUACCUCAUCUGUGGUGGCAGUUUCCAGUAUAUUUUCAGAGUAUAUGGAUUUCUUUUAUUUUUGUACCUGCUCUCCUUAAAAAAAGAAAAAAAGAAAAAAAAAAAAAAAAAGAAAGAAACUCUCAAAUUUUAUGUGCUGUUUGGGGAAAUCUUGAGUGGCAUACCAGAUCCUCCUGUCUUUCUGGGAGCUGUCUGUAUAUAGUCCAAAGAGGGACGUGGGCAAAGGCUGACAGCUCUACUUACUUUGCAGAGAUAUUGGCCUCAUUCAUAUGCCUAUCCAGAAAAAUGGUUCCUAUCUCCUAAGACACUGUACCAGUUCACCACACCAAGACUUCAUGUGUGGUUGCAAGUGCCACUAAUUGCUUCCACAGUGGGAGCACACGCAAGGGGCCCAGAGCUAGUCUGGGGAAAGAGCACCCUUAGAGUAUCAACCACCCAAAGCAGAAGUUGCAGUACUGGUACCAUGCUGAAAGUAGGAACCACUCUCUGGGACUGGAGGCGAUGCUUCUAGUAACCCAGCGGAAAGCCUUGCCUAGACCUGUGAUCUAGUGAUGAGUAGAUCUGAAUUUGGAAAGAAAUAGAACUUGAGUUAAAAUUGCAACAUUACUAACAGAAUGACUGAUGACUCUACUGUAAGUAGCUUUUUUUGUAGGGCACGUCAGCUGUGGCCAUUUUACUCAGGAUUGCUGUAUUACUGUUAAAUGUGUAAUCUGGUGAAAUGUGUCCAAAAAGUUAUUUCUAUAAGGUUCAUUCUGGCAUUCUUUUAGAAGUCUGUUUGACCAUAGAAAUGAUUUUGAGGUGGAAAAUGGAUUUCUGAAAGUUUGUCAGUCAAAUUAUUUCAAGAUGCCAUUGGUCCUAAAAUAAUUUCAUUUUCUUCAAGUACAAAUUUUUCCUAUUAAAUACUUAAUAUACAAUAUCAGAUAAUCACUUCUGUACAAAUUCCAGCUACUACUACUGUUUUUCUGCAAGUCUUGAAGUUCACUCUGAUGGAAAUUUCUAAAAUUUCCGAGCUCAAACUACACUUACAAAAGCUUGAGGCCUUUUUUUUUUUAAUAUAUAUAUACUUUAUUCAUAUCUUGUCUGCUUUUGAUAUUUUCCCAGUUUUGUGAACUGAGGAUUUAGAACCUUACUCAAAGCACUUUUUACAACCAAGGAAUCAAAAGCUCAGAUUAUGUACCUUGAAACUAUAAAUUCAGUUCUCAGAGAUCGUUAUUUCCAAAAGGCCGUCUUAGUCUCCGUUAUGCCAGGCAGGCGCUCUGUCGGUCUCACUGCUGUGGAGUUUUGUGGCUGCCAACAGCAGCUUAAUUGGAUCCAGCAAAAUGAAAUCCAUAGGGAUGUGAAAGGGAAAGAUUCCUGGCUUUUCUACCCAAAGAUGGUACUUUAGAUUGAUAUUGGGUAUUGAUACUAUUUUUUGUUUUGGCAUGUGUUUAAAUAAAAUUUUAGCCAAUUCACUCUUUUUUUUAAUCUGAAAACUAGUGGUUAGAGCUUGAGCUAGUUGAUGCUUUCUGCUAGUAGAUGAUUUGUACUUUACAGUAGUUGAGGUAUGAAACAGUUGUGUACAGGAUCUUAAAUUUUACCUAACUGGCAGAGUUUCAAGAAUCCUAAUCUCUGUAACACUAAAAAAAAAAAAAAUGUCCCUAAGUAGGUAAAGGUGCAUAUGGAGGGGAAGAAGCUUGUAAGGAAAAUACUGAAGCAUCAGUUUUACAGAAACAAGGGUGCUGAAGGAGAAACUCAAUCCACUUUCCAUCUUAUGUGCCCUGGCCUUUUCAGAUUUUGUCUGAGGUACCCCCUCGCCUAACACGGGUAGUUAACAUAGGGUCCUUUUAAAACAAAGCAGUUCCACUGUUUAAAACUUGGAGUGAUUUUUAUUUUUUUUUUUAAGCAAGACAGUCCUCAGAAAGUGCCUUUUUAGAAGAUGGUGCUGUAGAUUUUUAUUUUCCACUUGUAUGUGGCUGAAAAAUUAAGAUAAAUAAUUGAAAAUGCCAAGUGUUUGAUGGUAUCUUUCAGGUACUUUCAAGCAUCAAUUUCUCUGAGUCAGGACCAAGAUUAACCAGGAAAGUGUUUUCAUCGGAGGGAGAGGCAUUGAGGAACGAUCACCAAAUUCAGCUGGUAGUAGGUUUGGGUUUAGUUGAUGCAAUUUACCUCUUCAUAUUGAGAGAGAGUGUGGUUGGGAGGAGGGUAUAGGAAAAGUAACUGCACAGGACUCUUCGGACAACUGAAGAAUGCUGAAAUGGAAUCCGUGGUUAUUGAGGGAUGUUGUCUCUUAGAGAUAUAGCAAGCUCCCAAAGAUGAAGUAGACAAAUUGAGAACUAUUUGAAGACUUAGGAGAUGGUCAGUCCUACUGUGAGCAGAUGUCGCAUGGCCUGUAUUUUUAAAGGAGUAAUGUGCCUGUGUUGAUGGGGCUUCUGAUUCCUAACUGGGAGUUGUGAUGCUCUGAACAGUAACUGCUUGGUGGGGUGAGAGAUGUUGCCCUGUUUGGAUAGUUAAAGGUGGUGUGGGUCCAUAGCGAGUUUGGUGAGCAUUCCUCCAGUCAAGAAAAGCUGUAGACUAGACUAUUAAACACUGCACCUCAGUAACCUUGUAAUGCUGCUUAAAGUAAUAAUAAUAGCAAAGUUCAGCUUUGAUUACACUGUAACGUGCUUGCACAUGCCUGCAAAAAAUACACGCUUUCAUUUUUGUAAUGAUCUUAAUAGCAGUUAUCAGACUCUUUCUUUCAAGAUAAACCUUGUCUUUUAUUGUGUUUUUUCUGUGUAUUUAUUAAUCUGUGUGCAGCUCAUAGGCCCAUGUCUGAUCUGUAUGUUGCUUUUAAUACUUUUUAGACGAGAAGUUUUUGAAUGUCUUGUUUCUUCUCUGAAGUCAGCUAAACUAAUUUUGGAGAGGAAACUGAAUAAAACAACUUGAUAGUCAGUCUAAUUUAAUUGGUACUUUGUUUCUUUAAGCCUAGAAUCAAGAUGAAUUUGUGUUCAUUUUAUUACUGUUCAUGCAGUACUGGGCAUUUAAGACAUGUAAUAACUUGAUGUCAGUCAGGAUAUUUUGGGAUGGCAGGCAUUUAAGCAUAAAACUCCCAUUUCAAUUGCAAAUGGUAUUGUUGCAGGAAUGUGUUCAUGUCCGUUAUUUUUUUUCUCAGAGCAAGCAGAGCUUUUCAACAUUUAUUGAUUUGGACAUGAUCAAUGAAAUAUCUAGUCUAGAAUUCCAAAGUGUUUGACAGUGACCCUUGCACUUGAUGGCCUCUUAAAGGGACGCUGUUAGAUUAGUUCACAAUGUAGCACUCCUGCUUAUGUUACCAACAGAAAUUACAAAACAAAAAUCUUUUUGCUGUAUAGAAUUUUCCAUUUUAAGUUAGAGAAAUGAACUGAACUUGCAAUUUGUCACUAACUUGCUUGUUUUAGUACAGUGCCCAAUGCCACUUCAUUGCUAUUUAAGCUUACAAUGACUUUAUUUUGUAUUCUCACUUUCUUAGUGUUAUUAGGCUAGGAUUGAGAAAGGUGGGAUUUUUUUUUCGAUCUGAAUUCUGAGCCAAAACUCUGUCCUCUAUCCCUCUUAGUAGCUGUAGAGUUAUCUUCCGGACUGAAAAGGGCCAAAAAUCUUGUUCUAUCUGCUUGGUUUUCAGAAAUACUCUCCAUCUCUUCCCUUGCAUGUGAACCUUUUUAUUCCCCUCCUCCCGUCUGCAUUUAGCAAAUAGUGAAGCUACUGAGUGUUGAGAUUUACAAGUAAGUGCUUGCCUCUUCUUUCCAUACAUUGCAAAUGUGGUCAAAAAGAAAUGAAAUGGACUUGCAUCUGAUGAUGCUAGUUUUUUGGGCACAAAUCUCUUAGGCAGUCUUGUCUUGGUGAAGACUAAUGUAGCGCAUAUGGGUUUAAUUACAGUAGGAAUUAUCUGUGUAUUUGUGUUGCAUUCAUUGGAUGGUGCGUGAUGUUUUAAAAUAUCCAAUUCAAAUACAAGCUUAUCAGUCACCGAAGAUGCAAACACCCUCAUAUAUUUCUUCUUAAAAAAGAAAUCUAGUGUAUAUGGCUAGUUCAUCCUUCUUCUUGGCAAAGGUUUGAGACUGAUGAUUUUCUGUAAUUUGUACUAUUUACAGCAAAUUGUGCUGGGGUUAAUCCUAAAGCUGAACUGACUCGGCUAUAUGUUAACAGUCUGUCGCUGCCCUGAUGUUUUACAAAGAGAAGAAAUGGUAGUGCUGGCCUAUCAAACCAAUAGUAGAAAACGCUCUUUAAAAAAGGCAAGGAAGAAACAGAUCUUCGUAUUGAAAAAAGUUAAGUAUUCUUAAAAAAGAAAAAAAAAACUUAUGCUGCUAGAGCCUUGUGAACCUAUACCUUUGCAUCUGUAGUUUACCCAAAAGGCCCAACAUGUGGCUACUUCAAAAACUAAUAUAGGAGGAGGAAAACUUAAAAAAAAAUAAAAAAUAAAAAAUAAAAAUAAAAAAAAACAUGAGUGCCUGUUCGCCUCCAUAAAAGGAACACGCUGAGAAGCAGGUAUCAGUGCCUGUAACAGUUGUAUAGUUAAAAAAAAAAAAAAAAAAAAAUCUGUUUUGUAUCUAAACCUUGAAGCUACCUUAUUUGGUUCAAAGCAGAUACAAAUUCUGGUAGAUGGGUGCUAUUUGAAACAGUGGAGCCAAGGGGUUUUGUGAGCAAUAUCCAACCCCUCUGUAAAAUAUAGAUGCUCUGAUUUCUGGUUGCAAUCUUAAGACAGUUCACACUGACAUGUGCCUGGCUAACAAGAAAAACAGCAGGCAGUUGUAGAGUUAACUUGCUAUAGCACUACAGUUGCUUUGCUCUUCCUCAGCUCUUACCUACCUCCCUGUUUCCCUUACACAGGAUCACUCUCUCCGCUGUCUACAGAGAAUUAGUCAUGUUGAGAACAUUUUAGCUGCGUGGAAAGUGAAUCAGCUUUGUCUGGAUGUGAGAGGUAGUGGUAGUGCAAGGAUAUGAUGAAAGUAACUGCCAGUAGAAAUAGAAAGGAUUCAGUAAAAGUUAGGUGGAUGUCAGUUAAGCUGUGUUCAGCCUGAGCCCUUCAGGGAGAUUGGGAACCUCAGAUGUUAACUUAGGUGUCCUGGGAAUGUUUGUGUCAAACUUGAACUCAUUGAGAGCAAGCAUGUGCCUUUUUCUGAUCAAGAACAGAAGCUGGAGAAAACUUGCAUUUGCAUUGAUACUAUGGUUAAUAUUUUUAUGAACUAUUCUUAAAGCUUGAAAUCCUUGAUCAGAGUUGUGUUGUUUUUGCCUCGAGUUACUUAAAAGUGAGCCCUGAAUUAUCUGUGAAUUAGAACUACCCUGAAAGGAGAAACUUUUAAAUAGGUGGUUUCUCUAGAGUAAUGUUGUCAUAUAAACAAACUUACUGGUAGAUUUGCAUUUUUUUAAAUAAAAUUUAACCUUGAUGUAUGUUUCUCAUUAUCUAUUGAAAAUAAUCAGUUCUGCCUUUAUUUCAGUGUUGUCUGUCAAGUGCUGUCUUCAUUUUUUGCUGUGCUUCUGCAGCCUUUCAUACACUUCAUCGAUUCUUGCCCCCAACCCACAGUGGUGACUCUAAGGACAUUAAGAAUGUUGCCUGAUGAAUGUAGGGGAGCAGUGCAGAGAUCUGAUUAAGUGGGAACAUUGUUGUGAGGAUUAAACAUCAGAGAUUUCUGCAAGAACUAGUUUGCCAGCAGAUGAGGGUAUUGAUGUCUGUGUAACAAAUUUUAUGGUGUCUUAGGUAUGGAAAGUUUUAGCAAAGUGGUAUGAGGGGGUGGGGGAAAAACCACCUCUCCUUUUAUAUCAAGAUAGUAGGGGGAAGGCUUUUGUACAGUGUGUACUGCGCAAAAAUAGUUGCCUGUAUCAUUAGAUGAUAGUUUAGUCUUAAAGCUGCUAAAAAAAAAAAAAAAAAAAAAAAAAAAGUGGACUUUCAGAGCGUAAUGGAGAAGCUUUUCAAGUGGGUUAUAUUUUAUACAGUUUUGAGGUACUGGUGAGUUGUCCAGCCAGGAGCUCUAGUAUGAAUGCUGGCUAUGAAAUGGGUUCCCUCUCUGACCUUGCUAAGUGAUUCUGCCUCAGUUUUUUACCCCAUCUAGAAAAUGUAUACAAUGAUUCACAUUGCCUUAUGAGAGCUAGCUAUUAGGUGUUCUGAGGAUGAAUCAUGUUGUAGAAGUGCUAAAUUCUUAUUACAAACCUGUGCACCUUCUUGCAAGUUUGCGUCUUCGCUUAUCGAUACAGUACUGUUUGAAAUCUGUCCGUCUUUGAAAUGGCCAGCGUUCUUUUCGCACGUCGUCACAACGGAGCUGUGCCUGAGGAAGGCCAUUGGGAUUGGUCCCGUAAUGUUUACCUGUUGCUUUCUUUUAAGGUAAUCCUUUUGUUUCCAUUUGGUGAGAAACACAAAGUUUAUUUAAAUAGAAGUUGUAAAAACCUUCAUUGAGGAUUGAAUUGGUCCUUCAAAGAUGUUUGGCAGUUGGAAAUUUAAUAUAUACUGUAAUAUUAUCUAGCAACACAGAAAAAUGACUAUUGAAUAUAGGGUCAUGCUAGUCUAUAAAUCAUAGAUUCACAAACUAAUUUAAACACAGAUAUGCAAAAGUUAGCUAUUAAAAGUUUCUCACUAAUAAACUUUCAUUAUGCUUACACUUGCAAGUCUCUUAAAUUCAUUCAAAAACAGUUUCUUUGAUAUAAAAUCCAUGUCUUGCGAGUUAGUGUUCUCAGACACGUUAGCAAAACAGUACCUGUUGGAGCAAUACUAGAUUUAAAGAACCUUUAAGUUUUUAAACCUGGUAGUGUGCCAGCAGAGUAAAAACUUGAGCAGCACUGUUGAGAAAAAAAUGAAUGUUGAAAAAAUUUAGUAAGUGUGAAGAUGACUGCUAGAGAUGACAAGAUUUGUAUUCUGACUUCUGGCAAAUUUUCAGUGAAGAAUGGCUUCUUUAGGCUGUUCUUUUCUGUACAUCACUUUCUUCCUGUGGCUGUAGUUUUCAAAUUUCUUUGGACUUGAUUUCUGUUCUUCAGAAGAAUGUUCUCAUUUCUGCAGUAAAGCUUUACAGCAUCAAAUCUAGCCUUGAGACAACUUAGUGUUGUUUUCCUUUAGAAAAAUCCUGUUUCUAGAAAGUUGCAUUUUUUGUCUGUUUUGCAGACAGUAAUUCUGAAAAGCUAGCUUCAGUGCAGCAACAGUUAGCAGAAUCCGUUUUUAUCCAAGAUACUGCUCUUACAGGCUUGUCAUCCAGCCCCUACUGCCACGAUUAGUGACAUUGGUAUACAGAUCACUUGAGUAGCAGCUCAUUUGUCUCACAGGUUAGGUGAUGAACUUUGGGCUCACAGGGUACAGAUUCUUUUGCCUGUUAUAAUCUUGUUUCUUCCCAUGCUGUAAGCAGUUAAAUAAACUUCCCCAGGUAGCCUAUUGGUGGAAAAACAGCAUUGCUGCUUAUUAUGGGGAAAAGAACUCAACUCUUCAAAUGGCCUGGAGACAUUUGAUUGGAGAUAAGAACAUUGUCUAUCAACAGGUAUUACUUUAAGCUUUCACUGUAAUUGGUAGCAUUCAGUAACGAGCCAGUGUGGGUAUUAAAAUAUUUUCAGCAGAAGGUGGCUCAGGUGGCAUAUAGUGUGUGCCAUAAGCAUUGCUAGUGAUCAAUAUAUAUUUGUUUAGGAGACUGCUGGAAGCAAUGUUGUGCGUAUAGAUUUUACAUAUUUAAUACCAUAUGUUUAAAAUAAUAAUUGUACUGUUUGGGAUUCCUUUUUGGAAUAAAAUUUUAAUAAACCAGUCAAGUGGAUUGAAAUUCCCUUCUAUGUGUACGUCUUGCCCUUGCUCUUUCUCAUAUGCUGGUAACUGCUCCCUCCUUGUUUUGGUGUUGCCACUGCUUAAGAAGGAAGUAAUGUGUUCCAACCAUGAAGAUAACUUGGGGGGGUUUCAAAGUAAAAGGGAAUUGUUUCAAGAAUAAAGUAGAGCUGUGACUUGAGACAUUGCUCAAAUAGAUUGUAGACGAAUGGCAAACAAACUGGUAAAAGCCUUUAUUUUUACUUAACCAUCUUGACCAUGUGUGCCUAUUUGUAUUGCGGAUGUGGGCUGCAACCAUUUGGGAUAUGAGGGAAAUCAUGUGUCAGUGUGUUUUAAGAUGUAAUUGCUAAGCAGAAGCGAUGUCCUCUGCACAUUCUCCCUUUCCAGACAAAUUGUUCUUGCCAAAAUUUUCUACCUGUUGCAAUAGUUGCUUUCUUUCCAGCACAGUAAAAUGUCAACUUAUUUCAGUGUCUCUUCCCUCCGGCAGUCAACUAUAAUCUCUGUGCAACUGUGUAUAGUACACAUUAACAGCCAUCAGAUCUCUGUUGGCUUUAGUUACCACCAAGUUGGGUAUAUUGUAAACCAACCAUAUUAAUUUGAAAAAUAAAUUUGUUUUGAAUGCA